AUGGCUGGCAGCAAACGCUCUUGGGAAGGCAACCUAGUCCACAGCCUGAAAGCAACAGACAUGGCGUUCGAAGACAGCAUCGUAGACGCCAACACAUCCACCAUCUUUUCAAUUUUUACCACUUUUCGCAGCGAACUGGACGAGCACCAUGACCGUCGAGAGCGCGUGAUUAAAGCUUCAAGAGACAUCACAGCUUUGAGCAAAAAGAUAAUAUUUUCCUUGCACCGGGUUCGUGCUCUCAACCAACCCCUUCCCAAGAGCAUUGCGAAGGAAAACCAUGACCGCCUCGCCCAAAUAACCACCCUCUUCAAGUCCGUCGUACCUGACUUAGGUGGAAUCAACUCCCACCGAUACCAAUGGCAGAUCAGUCCGGGUAUCCAAGAGUACAUCGAAGCUGUCACAUUUCAACAUUACAUCGAGACCCAGCGGCUGAUGUCCCUAGAAGAGGUGGCCAGGUCAUUACCUAAGGGUAUCCUCGUGACUGAGGCGGACUACAUCUUAGGCAUAUUCGAUCUGACGGGAGAAAUGAUGCGCUUUGCCAUCAUGACCAUGACUAGUUCUGCCAUCAACAUUUCCGUCGAUGGUGCUGCUGCCGGUGGUUCUGAUAACCGGGAUAAUGGCCGGGGUGGCAUCCUCAUAGACCUACGGCAACUGCGGGCAAUGUUUGAGUCAAUGAAUACACCGCGUGGACAUAUCUUGAACCGGGAUUUCGCGAAGAAGCUAGAGGUGAUGCAGAAUAGCGUCGAGAAAGUGGAGCGGGCGGCAUAUGGCCUGCUUGUGCGGGGGAGCGAACGGCCUGGGGGCUGGAUGCCGGAUUUGUCGGGCCCUGCUCAGGUCGAGAGCUAUUGA